UUAAACGUUGAAAGUGGACCAAUUUGGAGGAGGAACCCAAAAGCGUACGAGAGACGGAGCAAUUUCUCCAAUGGAGGUUGAGGGAUCAUCGAAACCAAUGAUAGCAACACAGCAGGAAAUGGUGAAAGCGAAGGUGCCGCUUGCAUACAGAGAUCAAUGUGCACAUUUGCUCAUUCCACUGAAUAAGUGCCGCCAAUCCGAGUUGUACCUGCCAUGGAAAUGCGAGAACGAGCGUCACUCGUACGAGAAGUGCGAGUACGAGCUUGUAAUGGAGAGGAUGAUCCAAAUGCAGAAACUCAAACAAUCUAACAAGCAGGGGAAGGGCAGUCCUAUUCCUCUUAUCCCCAAAACCGCCAACGCUUGAUUAGUCCCUGUCGAAUCGAAUUGGCGAUUAUGGGGGCAUGAAACUGCUCAAUUUUGUGGACUUCCAGAAGACUGCUUAAUGCCAUUGGUAAGAAGAAACGUAAAUCUAUUUUGUGUUUCCAUGUACGAGAGGACGAUCAGACAAUUUCUUUCUUCUCAAUAAGAUACUUAUUCUAAUGAGUCUUGUUUGGUAUUCAACGUUAUUAAUAAAAGGAGGUAGUAAGUUUUGAUUCUUCAA